GAAGAAAUGUGGCUUAUUGUUCUGAACACCACCUUCAACUCAGUGGUCUUCAUGCAUGGUCAUAUCAUGCAGAAGAAAGUUAGACAAUGGUGUGCAUUGCAUAAUGAGUUCAUGGGGUCCUGCAUUCUCUUGUCUUUUCUUCAAGGAGACAAAACAUCUUUUAAACAUUUGCUUUUCAGGUCUUGCAUUUGAACAUACAAGGAGACGUCGCCUGGUUAACAUUUAAGCUCUGAAAUAUCGAUCAGAUGAUUUUAAAAAGCAUAUGAUGCUUUUGACUUCAUUAUGGCAUCUGACAAUUCAUCCGAUACGAAGGCAGAAAACUGGAACCUUGAUGUUGGACACAUCGUUCUCAUCUGCUUGUAUGCAGUUACCGUUUUCUUCAUGAUAGCACUUGGAUGCCUUUGCCUAAACAAGUAUCGGUCAAUGAAGAAGAUCAUACGGGAUUUGAGGCAGGGACGGUCGGCCCCCCGAGUUCCUUCCCAAGAUUCUCCUCCUCCAUCUCCCGAUGUCCUGAAUCUUCCCGAAAUACCAGAACGUACUACAGAGAACCCAUUACAGAGACAAGGAACUAAACCCAGCUGCAGAUUUCCCUGGAAACCUCCACUACAGGUUCCCCGGUUCACAAAAGCAGACCUGAACCUUAUUCAGCUCAUAAAGGCGGGUAGAGAAGGAGUCUUCUACAAAGGAAGGAUGAUAAGGGGCACUUGUAGAGGACACUCACUGGUCACUUGCAAAAUUGGAAAAGAAGUUAUCACCCCUAAGCAGAUGGAAAACGAGGUGUCUAUAAUGAGAAAGCUGGCAUAUCAUAAAAAUGUGAUGCAGCUGUUAGACUGGAAUACAGUGGAUGAGCCGUAUAUGCUGAUCAUGGAGUUCAUAAGCUACGGGACCUUGCGCAGUUUUGUGCAGAAACACAAAGACGAACUGAGUGCCGACCCUGAGCUGCAGAGCCAGUUCACCAUAGCGUCUUACCACAUCGCCCUGGCCAUGGAGCACUUGCGCUCCAAAAUGGUGGUGCACUGUGACCUUGCCUUAAGGAAUAUUUUGGUGAGCCGAUUCCCAUGGGAGGUGAAGGUAGCAGAGUUUGGCCUGGCCAGGGACUUGACCCGCAUGAGGAGCCGACGCAGCAGCAGGAAAAAACAACACAAGGAGCGCGUGCCCCUGCGCUGGUACCCUCCAGAGUACUUCCGGAACAACUACUACAGCUUUAAGGGAGAUGUCUGGGCAUUUGGGAUCGUGCUGUGGGAAAUGCAGUCAUUUGGCACCUUGCCAUAUCCAAAUCUGAACACAUCUGAGCAAGUGGUGUAUAGUGUCUGUGCUGGAUAUAAAAACACUGUCCCCAGUUCCUGCCGACCAGAAAUGGAACAGAUCAUGCUAGACUGCUGGUUGGAUCCAUACACAUCGAGACCUUCAUUUACAGACAUUGUCAGGAUCCUGGAGAAUAUUGUGGAGAGUGAUGGGGAUUAUGUGGACGUUGACAACCAAAGGAUCAUGAAUGCAGAACAAAAGUGAA